GAAUUUUCAGGAAGGUUGCAAAACAAUUGCGUCAGAUAACUGCGCAGUUGUGUGUGGAAGGUGAACAAGGAACGCUGCUCAUAGUGACACAGCGCCAAGACCAUGUUGGUGGCAAGGUUGACCUGCCUGAGGAGUGUGCCCCUCACGGGGAUCCGUCAUGCCCUCACUCAAGCUCCCCUCACCCCGAGGGCUCCCACCAUGAAGACCUGGACCCCUGUGUUCAGGCCACAACAGAACCUCUCCUCAAAGGCAAGAUUUGGUAUCCGCCGGGCAAGGACCACCAAAGACCAGCUGAAGGAGGCUGCUUUUGAACCUGCAACUGAUACAGCAAUCAAAAUUGACAGCAUGGGCAGGUUGUUUCUGGCCGGUGGCGCUGCAGUUGGACUUGGGGCUUUGUGCUACUACGGUCUCGGCAUGUCUAAUGAGGUUGGGGCCUUCGAGAAGUCAAUGAUCUGGCCUCAGUAUGUGAAAGACCGGAUCAGUUCCACCUACAUGUAUUUCGCAGGAAGUGUUGGACUGACAGCACUUUCUGCCGUAGCAGUUAGCCGGACCCCAGCACUGCUGGGCCUCAUGAUGCGAGGAUCCUGGCUUGCGAUUGGAGCAACAUUUGCAGCCAUGAUCGGUGCUGGAAUGCUGGUGCGCUCCAUUUCCUAUGAGCACAGUCCGGUUCCCAAGCAUCUCGCCUGGAUGUUGCAUGCAGGUGUGAUGGGGGCUGUCAUCGCCCCUCUCACGCUCCUGGGUGGACCUCUGAUGUUGAGAGCUGCCUGGUACACAGCAGGGAUCGUGGGCGGUCUGUCCACCGUGGCCAUGUGCGCCCCCAGUGAGAAGUUCCUCAACAUGGGUGGACCUCUUGCUGUGGGAUUUGGAGUUGUCUUUGCUUCGUCCAUCGGGUCCAUGUUCCUCCCCCCUACCUCAGCAUUUGGAGCCGGUCUGUACUCUGUGGCCAUCUACGGGGGUCUGGUCCUCUUCAGCAUGUUCCUCCUCUAUGACACACAGAAGGUUGUCAAAAGGGCGGAGACUCACCCGCUCUAUGGUGUGCAGAAAUUCGACCCCAUCAAUGCGUGUAUGGGCAUUUACAUGGACACACUCAACAUCUUCAUGAGGCUGGUGAUGAUUCUGGCCGGUGGAGGGAACAGAAGGAAGUGAAUACCAGCAAUGUCCUGACCUUUAACUGUCUACUGGGCUCUCAGCUUACAUCAAUAGAUUUUAACAGGUAUUGCAGGUGGAAUGGCACUUCUUGGAUCAACAGUGGAAAGUUGUGGCUUGGAUUGACUGCUCCGGAUCACGUUUCAUUGCUUCUUCAGUUGUAAUCCUCCUAGUUUUUAUUUAUUUUCUUGCCGAUUUAUGUUUUUGUGACCCAGAUAUAGUUCAGAAAUCAAAGUUCCAUCUACUCUGACGUUGCACUUAAACAAUAUUUGUUUUGAGAAAUUGUAAGAGAAAAUAAACAUAUUGCACCUCACAAUGCUGUUUCUGUCAUUAAAUGUGUGAAGGAUGAGGGAUUUACACCCACUGGAUUUGUAUUAUUUUAAUAACUAAUUUGAUUUAUAUAGUGCCAUUCAAGCUCACAGGGAUCACUAAGUCCUUUCUCAAUAAUAAAACACAAACACAGUUGUCCAAAUAAUGUAUAGACAUGCAUAUUUACUGCAGUGAGGCAGGAAAAGGAAAAUGAAUUCUCGGUAAAUCCAGCAAGCAGACCAAAAUCACAGAGAGCCAGUCUGUAAAGGUGUGUUGUUAAAAGGUUGAAAAGAAGGCUGUACUUGCUAUAUGAUGAUAUACUAAGUGUGUGGUAUGAGGUUUCUUUCUAGAGUCAUAGCAGCUGAAUGUUAACUGUUUUUUUUUUUUAUUUCUUUUUCCUUUUUCGUGGUUCAGCUCAUCAUUAAAGUUUAAACUUUAUCAUUGUUGACU